AUGGAUGUUUUCAUAUUCCUUCUCUUCAUUCACCAACUAUUCUAUUGCACGAAUGCUCAAUUCUCAACAAUAACCGAUAUUCUUGAGAAUACGAAUAAACGAUUGCCCAAUCAGAACACGUCAAAUCCACUUGGUGUUCGACUUGGCUUUUAUCUCGAAAGUAUUGGCAAUUUUCGAGCUGAAGAAAUGUCAUUCGAUGUCGAUAUGUACGCUUAUAUGUCAUGGACGGAUUGGCGAUUGAGGCACAAUUUCCCUGACUAUGUUCUAGUGAAUGAUGACAAUAUUAGACAACAAAUGUGGCUACCCGAUCUCUACUUCGCUAACGCCAUCAAGUCAAAAGCUCACGAUGUAACUGUGCCAAAUUUUAAUAUGUUUAUUGCAAAUGAUGGCACUGUUGCUUAUUCAUGUAGAUUUACGAUGCAGAUCAGUUGCAAUCUUGAGCUUCAGAAUUAUCCGAUGGAUGUGCAAACGUGUGGAAUUCAAAUUCUUUCGUACGCCUACAUUGCUAAACAAGUGAAUGUGAGCUGGUUCGACACAUCACCGAUCCGUUUCAAUCCAUCAAUUGGCUUACCCGAGUUCAACAUCACCGCUGUCACUCCAUCAUAUUGUAAUGGAACGUAUCGAUAUGCCGUCAUGAGUAAUCGAUAUAAAGUUGAUGUAUUCAGCUGCUUGCUAGGGGAUAUUCACUUAGCAAGAUCGAUCGGAUACAAUCUUGUUCAAAGUUUUAUCCCAACUGGUCUCAUCGUUAUGAUCUCUUGGGUCUCAUUUUGGAUCGAUCGAAGAGCUGUCCCCGCUCGUGUCACUCUCUCAUUCACCACACUCGUCUCAUUGACAACAUUGGGUAAUGGCCUUCGAUUCGGUCUACCGCAAGUCAGCUACGCGAAAGCGAUCGAUUAUUGGUAUGGAGCUUGUAUGCUUUUCGUUUUCAUGGCUCUUCUCGAAUUUGCCAUCAUAAACAGUUACAUGAGAAAAGCUGAGAAAUAUGGGGAAAUGGCAAAGAAAUUCUUGCAAUCGAGAGAUGAUGAUGAAGAGCUUUUUGAUCGAGCUGUUCAACAACGAAAGAAACCAUUUGUGGUUUACGCAACGGAUGAUGGAGCUGCGAUCUUUUACAAUGCGGAUAAGCAAAAAGAGUUGGAGCGACAGAAAAUCGCCGAAUAUCAGCAGCGGCGUCGGCGCAUGAGCCAGUAUCGGUUGAGCGUUUGCGAGAACGCGUACGCCACUAUGUCAAAAUCCUUCUCGCGAACUGCUCUCUACAUUGAUAAGGCGUGUCGCUAUGGAUUCCCGCUCAUUUUCGUUCUCUUCAAUCUCUUUUAUUGGUGGUUUUACUUGUGCUGGUGCAAAAGUGAUCCAUUUUGCUCGGCGAUGUUC